AUGCAAAAUUACUCAAGUAAAAGAAAAACUUUACCUAUUUCGCUUCGACAAAUACUUCCAUUAGAUUAUGAAUAUCAACUUGUAAACUACAACGAAUUGAUGCCAAUAAUUACUGUAGAAAAUGUGAAAAUCGAGCAGAUCAUUGUUGAUUUGCUCACAAAUAUUAAUACAAAAGAAGAUGCUUUAAUAUGGCUUAAUGAAUUUCAAGAAUGUUCAAAAACUACAAUACGUUUAACAUGCACUUAUCUAGUUAAAGAAGAUAAAGUUAUUUUUAGAGAGUUGCGAUAUUGCAUCCAUAGCAAUUUAGUCAAACAAAAAAAUAAUCAUUGUGAAACAAAAAAUCUAAAUGGUUUGCAAAACAGGGAUACUGGAUGUAAGGCAACUCUAAACCUUCAAAUGAAAAAACCUAAAAAAUUUGGUUUUGAGGAUACUUACCUAUUUGAAAUAAACCUUCGGUUUAUACAUAAUUAUGUGCCCAAUUCUGCAAGUUCGUUGAGUUUUCGACCAGUUGGACUUAAUGUUCAAAAACAUUAUAUUGAGUUAUUUAAUAUGG